AUGGCUCCAGUGCCCAUUUCUUCAAUCAAAGUUGGGCACAUUGAUGAUGUCCAAGAACUAAGAAAAAUUAGGCCUAAAACCAUUCCUGAAAGAUUUGUAAGAGAUAUGAGUGAGAGACCAACACCUGCUAUCACACUCUCACCACCAUCUUCUGACAUGCCUGUCAUUGAUUUCUCUAAGCUCACCAAAGGGAACACUGAACAAAUCCAAACUGAAACUCUGAAGCUUGCAGAUGCUUGUGAAAGUUGGGGUUUUUUUCAGGUACUUAAUCAUGAGGUUGACCUGACAUUGAUGGAAAUCAUGGAGAAAAGUAGUAGGGAAUUUUUUAUGCUUCCUUUGGAAGAAAAACAGAAAUACCAGAUGGCUCCUGGUACAGUCCAAGGUUAUGGCCAGGCUUUUGUUUUCUCAGAGGACCAGAAGUUGGAUUGGUGCAACAUGUUUGCUCUUGGAAUUGAACCUCAGUUUAUAAGGAAUCCAAAUCUAUGGCCAAAGAAGCCAGCCACAUUUAGUGAAACAGUGGAAGUGUAUUCAAGAGAAAUGAGAAAAGUAUGCCAGAAUCUGCUGAAAUACAUAGGAUUAGGCCUAGGCUUGGAAGGGGAUGUGUUUGAGAAGAUGUUUGGUGUGGCAGUACAAGCAAUAAGGAUGAAUUAUUACCCUCCAUGUUCAAGACCUGACCUUGUUUUAGGCCUAAGUCCUCAUUCAGAUGGAAGUGCCCUUACUGUUCUGCAGCAAGCAAAGGGAAGCCCUGUGGGACUUCAAAUUCUCAAGGAUCAAACAUGGCUGCCUCUUCAACUCAUCCCAAAUGCCUUGCUCAUUAACAUUGGAGACACCAUAGAAGUUCUAACAAAUGGAAAAUACAAGAGUGUGGAGCAUAGAGCUGUGGCUCAUAAAGACAAAGAUAGGCUCUCAAUUGUGACAUUUUAUGCUCCAAGCUAUGAAGUGGAGCUAAGUCCAAUGCAAGAAUUUGUGGAUGAAAAAAACACAUGCAAGUAUAGAAGAUACAAUCAUGGAGAGUACAGCAAACAUUAUGUAACAAACAAGUUGCAGGGAAAAAAGACAUUGGACUUCGCAAAAAUAUAAAUUAAACAAGUAUUAAAUUUCACAAACUAGGAAUAAUUAUAUUUGGGCCCAUUACUUAAGUUUCCCAUCUAGGUAUCCUAUAUAUAAUGAUAUUAUAUUGCAUGUGUAUCUUAUACAGGGACAGAAGAUUUAAUAGA